GUACACUGGAGGUUCGCCGUGGUCUACAGUCGAGUUUCGAUGAUCCAAAGUGCGGUAAUUUGCCGCAUGACUGGUUCGGGACACUGAGAGCUUUGGCGGUUUAAUUUCGUACUUGAUGACGGCUAUCAAGGAUUCUGAAGAAUACUAAUCGUAGAAUAAAUCCAUCUGAAUGGCACUCGACGUCGUCUGCGGAAUUGCAAUAACAACAUAAUGUUUUCGCUCUUUGUGAAGUGGUAAAAGUGAAUUCAAGAGUUUGUCGUGUCAAAGACAUCUGAAAUUAACGCGAAUACGGUGGCAGAAAAGCGAAAACAACGAUUGAUCGAAAGCAAUUAAACGAAAUGAAAGUGAAAAGGUGCAAUAGUUUAAAAUCGGACAAUUUCCAUUAACAGCGAUAAUGUAAACAUGGUAAAUGCAUGUGGAGUUUAAACCCGGGUCGCAGAGAUAUGAUCAGUGCAGUGACCGCGAAUGUUUAUUAUUAUUAUUGUGGAUACUAAAUACUUGAAAAAGCGCAAUAUUGAAAGAGAAAUUCAACAAAGUGCAUACGGACAGGCGAUAGUUAUUGCACAAUCACUUUCUAGUCAGCUUAAUCAUGCUGAAGUCACAUCUGAAUUACCUGCUGUUAAUAGUGUUAUAUUUACUACUGUGCACUUGCAAUAACCUCGCAAACGAUGCAAACUAUAAUUCUGUAUAUAAUGAAGCAAUCAAGCCUGAAUUAAAAUCAGCAAUAGUAAAAGAUCUACCAAAGGAAUCAAAAUUUUUCGACGACUUUGACUUGAUCCCGCAGUCAUGUCGAUACAAGGGCCAGAAAUACGAGUGUGGCUUAUCAAUAUCAUGCGUUCUUAGCGGAGGUAAACCCAUGGAUUUGUGUUCGGGAGGAAUGAUUUGGUCAUGUUGUGUUGAAAAAGAGUUAACCACAAACGCCGAUACAAACGUUGGUGUUGUGCACAAUGCAAGCGACAUCAUUCAUUUGCAUGACAUUUAUCCAGACACUCCCCCGUACUACCAGCAUCAUCAUCAUCAUCCUCCACCAACAGAGUAUCCUUUUUAUGUACACAGCAGUGUUGAUCGUUUACCCCAAACGCCAGCUCUACCACCUCUCGAUCGACCGCCAUUUUCCUACUCGCCUCCGAACCAACGACCGAUUUGGGAGCAUGAAACGAAUAGCAUCAGUACAGCAUCGCAACAUGGCGUUACUAAUCAUAUUGACAACAAUUUUGGACUCUUCGACACCGGUCCCAGACCAGAACCGCCUUCGCAUUUCGGACCACCACCCCCACCUCUACCUCCAAUGGGGUCAUCCUCAAGCGAAGAAACAUACAGACCGUACGAAAGCGACGUUUAUCGUCCUGUCCCCGGUUGUGGAGAGGUAUUUACCAGAUCGAAUCGAAUCGUUGGCGGACAUUCAACAGGAUUUGCUUCCCAUCCUUGGCAAGUGGCUCUUAUCAAGUCAGGAUUCUUGACGAGGAAGUUGAGUUGCGGGGGAGCAUUGGUUUCUGAUCGAUGGGUGGUUACUGCUGCUCAUUGUGUUGCCACCACACCAAAUUCAAACAUGAAAAUACGUCUUGGUGAAUGGGAUGUUAGAGGACAUGAUGAACGGCUUGCUCAUGAAGAGUAUAAUAUUGAAAGAAAGGAGGUCCACCCCAAUUAUUCACCUUCAGAUUUCCAAAAUGAUUUAGCCCUCGUCAAGUUAGAUCGCCCAGUAAAAUAUAAACAGCACAUUCUUCCCGUCUGUCUACCACCAAAGUCUUCGAAACUCGUCGGUAAAAAGGCAACAGUUGCCGGAUGGGGUAGGACACGCCACGGACAAAGUACAGUACCGUCUGUAUUACAGGAAGUCGACGUCGAAGUAAUAUCGAACGAUCGCUGUCAGAGAUGGUUCCACGCUGCAGGACGUCACGAAGUCAUUCAUGAUGUUUUUCUAUGCGCGGGUUAUAAGGAGGGAGGUCGGGACUCAUGCCAGGGUGAUUCAGGUGGACCACUGACACUGACAUUAGAUGGACGCAAAACCCUCAUAGGUUUAGUUUCGUGGGGCAUUGGAUGCGGGCGCGAACAUUUACCAGGAGUUUACACCAACAUUCAGAAGUUUGUACCAUGGAUAGAUAAAGUAAUAGGAAAGGAAUCAUAACGCUAGAAAUAAUAUUAAAAGUAAUUUCUAUGUAAACCAUGUAUUGACAACUAGUGUUUAUUAAUUUAUUUUAUUAUAUUUCAUGAGUGUAUGACCUAUCAUUAAGCAUUCAUAAAAACGAGUUACACAUUCAAGUUCCCCAUGACGUCAAUAUUUGGGCCAAACAGAAUUUUCAUCUGAGUUGACAGUGCAAGGUCGAAAGUGAAUUUAAAUAUAUUAUUUUGUAAAAUACAUAUAAUGAUAUUGAUUAUCUAAAUAUCUAUCCAAUACGAACAUAACUAAACUGAAUGUGAAGAUUUACCCUGGAAGCCUAAGGAAUGUAUCAUUUUCGAAUGGUAAUGAAUAAGUAGGCGCAUAUUAUUGCGAAUUUAAAUACUUAAGAUAUGUCUUUUAUGUAAAUAAAUUAUGUAACAUUAUACAAUAUCCUAUACUUUUUCCAAGUAGAUAAUAAGCAUUAUAUUUUAUUCUCUUACUUCCGUUGCUACAGUCCCAAUUAGUACAAUUCGGAGGCAAAAUAAAUAUAUUCUCCAAUAAAGUUUAAACCAUAUGUACGCCAGGUAUUAA